CUCUUCUCCCCCUCCAUUCAAUCCUUUAUUUUCCUGCUGCGCUCGAACUUCUCAAUCGGAUUUUCUUUCCAUCGUAUUCUCACCCUUCCCUCCCCUCACCAACUCCUCAUCAUUCUUAAGAUCGUGUGACUCCCAUGCCUCACGCGGAGAACGGAACAAUGGGCGAGAACUCUGUUAACGGAGAGAAAGUCCAUUCUCACUUCCUGCAACACUUGACAUCUUAUCCGGUGGUUGCAGAUUCAAUCACCGUGUUCAAGACAAACAAGUAUGGCGCAAAGUCCCUAGAGGUCGCCGAUCAGGGCUACAGCCGCCUGGCCAAGCCGCUUCUCCCUUACUUCUCUAAGCCCUACGGUUAUAUUGCCCCGUACGUUGCCCGCGUGGACUCGCUCGGCGACCAGGGCCUAAAGAAAGUGGAUGAAACUUUCCCCGUCAUCCGGGAAGACACCGAGAAGCUCAAGGAGACCCUCUGCGACGGGGCCACAUUCCCAUUGCGCUUCGCCGGCGAUGUCAAGGCCCAUGUGGUCGACACAUUGAAUUCGGAGUACAAGAAAUGUGGCGGGGACGGCUUGAUGGCCGGGAGCAAGGCCGUCAUCAGCACCAGUCUUGUCCUGUCGCAAGAGUCGUUGGGCUAUCUCAGCUCUCUGCUUCAGGCCAAGAAGGCCCAGGUCAAGGAAGCUGUCCCAGAAAACGAACCAAGCGAUGAGGAACACGGCAACCCAGCCCCCACACAGAAUGCCCCUCGCCGACGGAGGCGCGACUCUUCGUCAUCCGAAGGCUACGCAGACGAGAGCUACGACAUCCUGGCCCCAACCAGCAUCGACGUGAUGGUCAAGAAGCUCGUGCGACUGGCGCUGGCUAGCGAGUACUCUCGCCAACCGCUGCGCCGCACCGAUAUCAGCGCCAAGGUUCUGGGUGAGCAGGGAUCGCGCCAGUUCCGGACCGUUUUCGACGAAGCGCAGCGGGUUCUGGGCGAGAAGUUCGGGAUGCAGAUGACGGAGUUGCCGGCGAGGGAGAAGGUCACCGUUAAUCAGCGGCGAGCCGCCCAGAAGGUCGAAAAAGCAUACUCAUCGAACAAGUCGUGGAUUCUCACCUGUCUCUUGCCAAGAGAGUACCGCAGGCCGGAGAUUCUGCGGCCCAGCAAGGCCCCGUUGGAAAGUACUUACACGGCGCUGUACUCGUUCAUCAUUGCCGUGAUAUUGUUGAAUGGGGGCACAAUCCAGGAGCAGAAGCUGGAUCGGUAUCUGCAACGGACGAACACCAACACCUACACACCUGUUGAUCGCACAGACCGGUUCCUUCAGCGGCUUUGUAAAGAAGGUUACCUGGUGCGCAAUCGCGAUGUUGAUGGUGGAGAGGAGGUGAUCGAGUAUAUAUUGGGCCCGCGCGGGAAGAUCGAGGUUGGGGCUCAGGGUGUGGCUGCACUGGUUCGCGAGGUCUACGGCUGCCAGGAUGCGGCAGAGCCCGACGAGGAGUUUGAGAUACGUCUGGCGCGGAGCCUCGGCUUCCAGGCGCCUGAACGCCGUGCACAAGAGACGCCAGCCCAGAAUGCCCACGAACGAGAUAGGGGCCAGGGAGAGCGAUUUAUGUCAUAUGUCUGA